AUGUUCAAGCGACCAGCAUUUCUGCAGAGCCGGCGCAAUGAGAAGCGCGAGGGUGAUUGGUCAGCGUUUCCUAUACGCCAGCUUUUUGUACUAGCACUUUGCCGCAUCUGCGAGCCAAUCGCGUUCAUGUCAAUUUUCCCAUAUGUCUAUCACAUGGUGGAAUCGUUCAACGUCGCAGACGAUGAUGGCAAGAUUGCCCUUUACGCCGGUUUAAUCACCUCCUCAUUUACUUUCGCCGAAUUCUCAGCUGGUAUGUUCUGGGGCCGGAUGAGCGACAAGAUUGGUAGGAAGCCGGUACUAGUCAUGGGCCUGAUUGGAACGGCCAUUAGUAUGGUCGUGUUUGGAUUCGCUCCCAAUUUGGCGACAGCUAUGAUUGCUCGCUCCUUGGGCGGGCUGUUGAACGGAAACAUUGGGGUUCUGCAGACGACUGUCGCCGAGAUCGUCACGGUCAAAGAGCAUCAACCACGCGCCUACUCGAUCAUGCCGUUCGUCUGGUGUUUGGGGUCCAUCAUUGGACCGGCGAUGGGCGGUGCGUUGUCACAGCCAUGCGACAAUUAUCCCACAUUAUUCUCGAAAGGGACCGUGUUCGAAAAGUUUCCAUUUCUGCUGCCCAACUUAGUCUGUGUUGUCGUGCUGGUGUCUGGGGUUGUGGUUGGGUUGCUGUUCCUGGAGGAGACUCAUCCGGAAAAGAAGUAUCGUCGUGACCGAGGUUUGGAACUGGGCAACUGGCUGAUUGGCAGAUGCUGGGGUUCGGGCGUGCAGGACGCGGAUGUCAAAGCGGAUUCAGCCGGUUGUGACGAUGAAGAGAUGGCCCCGCCAGCUUACCGGAGCACAGAAUCCUCCCCUCGUUUGGGUCCAGUGAAGGAUGAGGUCGAUACUCUUUCCGGAGAUGACGACAUUGAGAGGCAGAUGGGCCGACGGUCAAGUGGUACACCAAAGGCCUUUACGAGACAAGUUGUUUUCAACAUCAUCGCAUAUGGAAUCCUUGCAUACCAUAGCGUCUCGUUUGACCAGCUAAUGCCCGUCUUCCUGAGCACCCCGAAGAGUGACGCAAAUGUUGCCCUGCCAUUCAAGUUUACGGGUGGCCUAGGACUAACAACCAAAACAAUUGGACUGAUGCUUGCAGUGCAAGGCGUAUACUCCAUGAUCGCGCAGCUCUGGCUAUUUCCCUUCGUCGUUCGUCACUUUGGGACCCUACGCACAUUUCGCUUCGUGCUUCUCGUUUGGCCGCCGCUUUACUUGCUAGUCCCAUAUCUGAUUCUCCUACCCGAGAAGCUUCAAAUGACGGCCGCAUAUGUCGCCCUGAUCUGCAAGAUCACCUUCCAUGUCAUCGCCUUCCCCUCCACCGCAAUUCUGCUUGCCAACGCAGCGCCCUCAUCGAAGGUUCUUGGAUCAAUCAAUGGUGCUGCCGCCUCGACAGCCAGUCUGAGCCGUGCCUUUGGACCGAGUGUAACCGGAUUCCUCCACUCCAAGGGCCUUGACAGCGGUUACUCCGUGAUCUCAUGGUGGGCUUGUGGUAUUGUGUGCACCAUUGGUGCCAUUCAGAGCUUCUGGAUGGAGGAGCCCGAGCCACGCAAGGACCUUGAUGAGAAGAACCCUGAGCCAAACACGUCUCACUCUAGCAGGAACGCCAUGCGGGGCUCCUUCACGACGGACAAAGAAGAUGGCACCGCCGAGGAAGUGCGGAGACUACUCUCCUCAGCGCGCACCAGCGUCGAUGAAUUCGAAAUCCCCAGUAUGGGAUUAAGUGCCACCGACUCGAGGCCUGCGCGUGAGUAA